AUGGCUACAACUACCAAUCUGAUUACUGUCCGACCCACAGGGAUCCGAGCGUGUGCAAAUUCUGGUCACCGGAGAUCCGAUCUGGACAGCAGGAAAAGCGCCUCGUCGCCCAACUGGUGGACCCCGAUCUUCAAUUGGUCCGCAGAGCCCGACUACAUUGACUCCGGGAGCAACGAGCUGGUCCACGACGCCUCGGAGAAACCGAAGAGGAGUUCGGACUCCUCGAAGUCUUCGCGACCCCGGUUCGCCCCCGGUAGCUUCACGGAGGAGAAGGCGAGGCAGCUCCGGAUGAUGACGAAGGAAACCAAAUCGUUUCACGACGCCAUGUACCACUCCGCCAUCGCCUCCCGGCUCGCCUCGGAAUUCAAGAAUCGCUCCGAUCAGUGA